GAAAGGUCACAGAGUCGUGAUGCGGGCUGCUCUGCUUGCCGAUGCCAAAGGUCCGGCCUGAUUUGCUCGCUCCACUGGAUGCUAAUGAUGAAAGGCCACUGAGUCGUCACGCGCUUCCUUGCCAGCCUUCGUCUCUCCCAAAAGCCGUCGUCACACUUCCAACUGCAUCCCGCCUAACCAGGUCUAUGGAUUUGCUCAGCUCUUGUAUCAUUGAAAGAGAAGGGCAUCACGCUCAGACUGAAACUCUUACAUACUUCGUCAGGACAGUCCAUGGGCGAAAGCUCAAGGUUGUUGUGGUUACACAGACACGCAUGGGUGAGAAUACCUGCGAGUCCAAUGAUGAUUGGAAACGAUUUUUGCAAAUUUCGGGCUACUGGAGGCUCCUGCCAAAAUAUUUCAGAAACAAGGAUGAACUUGAGCAUAAGCUUACCCAUUUUGUGCGUAGAGGGUCCUUAAUGCCUCCAAUUGCAGCCUGUCCGAAAACUCGUAGCAUUCACUUCCCGGACGUGCUUCAAUUCAACGUUGUUUGGUUUCAGCUUAACAUCCCCGCUAUUGACUUCGCUAAAAUCCCUCCCUGCAUGCACAGGCAUCUGUUCGAACAUAUGCGACCCUAUGCUCACCUUGUGUAUGGAACAACCUCAUGGGAUGUCCAAUUCAAUGAUUGCGCUUUGACUGAAGGCUUUGCUGAACUAUUCAUCAAAAAUAAUAUUGACUUUGGCGCAUAUGCUCUCCUAAGGCAUGUGGGAAACUUCACUUUUGAAGUAUUCAUGUUUGACAAACUAGGAUUUUCUCUUAACUUGGCUGGCAAACCCAUGGGCGUUUCAAAUCCGUUGCAUACCCCAGAUGACUUCCUUGUUUAUGUGGAGUCUUCUUUCAAAGAUUAUUCAUACAACCACUUGUAUUGUCACCCAUCCUUUCUCUUUGUCCCCAAGAAAACGAGUAAGGUAUGCUGUGAAGCCUUCCUUCGGUCAUGCAACGAUAUGAGAAACCGCGUGCGCAUCUUCUAUGGCGACGAUGAUGCUUACUUUGUCAUUGGCCCCCAAUCAAUGCACCACCAGAUUAAAACAACUUUCGAAUUGAA